AUGGACGUGGACGUGGACGUCGUCGUGGACGUGGACGUGGACGUGGGCGUGUACGUGGACUUGGACGUGGACGUGGACGUGGACGUGGACUUGGACGUGGACGUGGACGUGGACCUGGACGUGGACGUUGUCGUGGACGUGGACGCGGACCUGGACGUGGACGUGGUCGUGGACGUGGUCGUGGUCGUGGACAUGGAGGACGUGGUCAUGGACGUGGACGUGGAUGUGGACGUGGACCUGGACGUGGACGUGGUCGUGGACGUGGACGUGGAGGUGGACGUGGACCUGGAUGUGGACGUGGUCGUGGACGUGGACGCGGACCUGGACGUGGACGUGAUCGUGGACGUGGUCAUGGUCGUGGACGUUGAGGACGUGGUCGUGGACGUGGACGUGGACGUGGUCGUGGUCGUGGACGUGGUCAUAGACGUGGACGUGGUCGUCCACGACGUGGACGUGGACGUGGACGUGGACAUGGACGUGGUCGUGGACGUGGAGGACUUGGACGUGGACGUGGAUGUGGACGUGGACCUGGACGUGGACGUGGACGUGGACGUGGUCGUGGACGUGGACGUGGUCGUGGAGGACGUGGACGUGGACGUGGACGUGGACGUAGACGUGGAUGUGGUCGUGGACGUGGACGUGGAGGACGUGGACGCGGACGUGGUCGUGGACGUGGACGUGGACGUGGACGUGGUCGUGGACGUGGACAUGGACGUGGACGUGGACUUGGACGUGGACGUGGACGUGGGCGUGGACGUGGUCGUGGACAUGGAGGACUUGGACGUGGACAUGGACGUGGACUUGGACGUGGACGUGGACCUAGAGGUGGUCGUGGACGUGGACGUGGUCGUGGACGUGGACCUGGACCUGGACGUGGACGUGGACGUGGACCUGGACGUGGACGUGGACGUGGACGUGGACCUGGACUUGGACGUGGACGUGGAUGUGGACGUGGUCGUCGUGGACGUGGACGUGGACGUGGACAUGUUCGUGGACGUGGACGUGGACGUGGACGUCGUCGUGGACGUGGUCGUGGACGUGGACGUGGACGUGGACGUGGUCGUGGACGUGGACAUGGUCAUAGACGUGCACGUGGACGUGGUCGUGGACGUGGACGUGGAGGACGUGGACGUGGAGGACGUGGACGUGGACGUGGACGUGGAGGACGUGGACGUAGACGUGGACGUGGACGUAGACGUCGACGUGGACGUGGUCGUGGACAUGGAGGACUUGGACGUGGACGUGGACGUGGACGUAGAGGACGUGGAUGUGGAGGAGGUGGACGUGGACGUGGAGGACGUGGACGUGGACGUGGACGUAGACGUGCACGUGGACGUGGUCGUGGACAUGGAGGACUUGGACGUGGACGUGGACGUGGCCUUGGACGUGGACGUGGACUUGGACGUGGACGUGGACGUGGACUUGGACGUGGACGUGGACGUGGACGUGGACGUGGACGUGGUCGUGGACGUGGAGGACUUGGACGUGGACAUGGACGUGGACGUGGACGUGGACGUGGUCGUGGACGUGGUCGUGGACGUGGUCGUGGACGUGGACGUGGACGUGGACCUGGUCGUGGACGUGGACGUGGACGUGGACGUUGACGUGGACGUGGUCGUGGACGUGGACGUGGACGUGGUCGUGGACGUCGACGUGGACGUGGACGUGGUCGUGGACGUGGACGUCGACGUGGACGUGGUCGUGGACGUGGACGUGGACGUUGACGUGGUCGUGGACGUGGUCGUGGUCAUGGUCGUGGACGUGGUCGUGGACGUGGUCGUGGACGUCGACGUGGACGUGGACGUGGUCGUGGACGUGGACGUGGACGUGGACGUGGACGUUGACGUGGUCGUGGACGUGGUCGUGGUCAUGGUCGUGGACGUGGUCGUGGACGUGGACGUGGACGUGGUCGUGGACGUGGACGUGGACGUCGUCGUGGACGUGGACGUGGUCGUGGACACGGACGUGGACGUGGACGUGGUCGUGGACGUGGACGUGGUCGUGGACGUGGACGUGGUCGUGGACGUGGACGUGGUCGUGGAGGACGUGGACGUGGACGUAAACGUGGACGUGGACGUGGUCGUGGACGUGGAGGACUUGAAGGUGGACGUGGACGUGGACGUGGACGUGGUCGUGGACGUGGACGUGGUCGUGGACAUGGACGUGGACGUGGACUUGGACGUGGACGUGGACGUGGACGUGGACGUGGACGUGGAAGUCGUCGUGGACGUGGACGUAGACGUGGGCGUGUACGUGGACGAGGACGUGGACGUGGACGUGGACGUGGACGUGGACUUGGACGUGGACGUGGACGUGGACCUGGACCUGGACGUGGUCGUGGACGUGGACGCGGACCUGGACGUGGACGUGGUCGUGGACGUGGACGUGGACGUGGAGGACGUGGUCGUGGACGUGGACGUGGUCGUGGACGUGGAGGACGUGGUCGUGGACGUGGACGUGGUCGUGGUCGUGGACGUGGUCGUGGACGUGGACGUGGACGUGGACGUGGUCGUGGACGUGGAGGACGUGGUCGUGGACGUGGACGUGGACGUGGUCGUGGUCGUGAACGUGGUCGUAGACGUGGACGUGGUCGUCCACGACGUGGACGUGGACGUGGACAUGGACAUGGUCGUGGACGUGGAGGACUUGGACGUGGACGUGGAUGUGGACGUGGACCUGGACGUGGACGUGGACGUGGACGUGGUCGUGGACGUGGACGAGGUCGUGGAGGACGUGGACGUGGACGUGGACGUAGACGUGGACAUGGACGUGGACGUAGACGUGGACGUGGUCGUAGACAUGGAGGACUUGGACGUGGACGUGGACGUGGACGUGGUCGUGGACGUGGACGUGGACGUGGAGGUCGUGGACGCAGACGUGGUCGUGGACGUGGAGGUGGACGUGGUCGUGGACGUGGACGUGGACGUGGACUUGGACGUGGACGUGGACGUGGGCGUGGACGUGGUCGUGGACGUGGAGGACUUGGACGUGGACAUGGACGUGGAUGUGGACGUGGACGUGGACCUGGAGGUGGUCGUGGACAUGGACGUGGUCGUGGACGUGGACGUGGACCUGGACGUGGACGUGGACCUAGACGUGGACGUGGACGUGGACCUGGACUUGGACGUGGACGUGGAUGUGGACGUGGUCGACGUGGACGUGGACGUGGACGUGGACGUGGACGUGGUCGUGGACGUGGACGUGGACGUGGUCGUGGACGUGGACGUGGACGUGGACGUGGACUUUGACGUGGACGUGGACGUGGACGUGGACGUGGUCGUGGACGUGGAGGACUUGGACGUGGACAUGGACGUGGACGUGGACGUGGACCUGGAGGUGGUCGUGGACGUGGACGUGGUCGUGGACGUGGACGUGGACCUGGACGUGGACGUGGACGUGGACCUGGACGUGGACGUGGACGUGGACGUGGACUUGGACGUGGACGUGGAUGUGGACGUGGUCGACGUGGACGUGGACUUGGACAUCGUCGUGGACGUGGACGUGGUCGUGGACGUAAACGUGGACGUGGACGUGGUCGUGGACGUGGACUUGGUCGUGGACGUGGACGUGGACGUGGUCGUGGACGUGGACGUGGACGUGGUCGUGGAGGACGUGGAUGUGGACGUAAACGUGGACGUGGACGUGGUCGUGGACGUGGACGUGGUUGUGGACGUGGAGGACUUAGAGGUGGCCGUGGACGUGGACGUGGACGUGGUCGUGGACGUGGUCGUGGACGUGGACGUGGACGUGGACUUGGACGUGGACGUGGACGUGGACGUGGACGUGGACGUGGACGUGGACUUGGACGUGGACGUGGACGUGGACGUGGACUUGGACGUGGAUGUGGACGUGGACGCGGACCUGGACGUGGACGUGGUCGUGGACGUGGUCGUGGACGUGGACGUGGACCUGGACGUGGACGUGGACGUGGACCUGGACGUGGACGUGGACGUGGUCCUGGAGUUGGACGUGGACGUGGAUGUGGACGUGGUCGACGUGGUCAUGGACGUGGACGUGGAUGUGGACGUGGACCUGGACGUGGACGUGGUCGUGGACGUGGACGUGGAGGUGGACGUGGACCUGGAUGUGGACGUGGUCGUGGACGUGGACGCGGACCUGGACGUGGACGUGGUCGUGGACGUGGUCAUGGUCGUGGACGUUGAGGACGUGGUCGUGGACGUGGACGUGGACGUGGUCGUGGUCGUGGACGUGGUCAUAGACGUGGACGUGGUCGUCCACGACGUGGACGUGGACGUGGACGUGGACAUGGACGUGGUCGUGGACGUGGAGGACUUGGACGUGGACGUGGAUGUGGACGUGGACCUGGACGUGGACGUGGACGUGGUCGUGGACGUGGACGUGGUCGUGGAGGACGUGGACGUGGACGUGGACGUGGACGUAGACGUGGAUGUGGUCGUGGACGUGGACGUGGAGGACGUGGACGCGGACGUGGUCGUGGACGUGGACGUGGACGUGGUCGUGGACGUGGACAUGGACGUGGACGUGGACUUGGACGUGGACGUGGACGUGGGCGUGGACGUGGUCGUGGACAUGGAGGACUUGGACGUGGACAUGGACGUGGACUUGGACGUGGACGUGGACCUAGAGGUGGUCGUGGACGUGGACGUGGUCGUGGACGUGGACCUGGACCUGGACGUGGACGUGGACGUGGACCUGGACGUGGACGUGGACGUGGACGUGGACCUGGACUUGGACGUGGACGUGGAUGUGGACGUGGUCGUCGUGGACGUGGACGUGGACGUGGACAUGUUCGUGGACGUGGAUGUGGACGUGGACGUCGUCGUGGACGUGGUCGUGGACGUGGACGUGGACGUGGACGUGGUCGUGGACGUGGACAUGGUCAUAGACGUGCACGUGGACGUGGUCGUGGACGUGGACGUGGAGGACGUGGACGUGGAGGACGUGGACGUGGACGUGGACGUGGAGGACGUGGACGUAGACGUGGACGUGGACGUAGACGUCGACGUGGACGUGGUCGUGGACAUGGAGGACUUGGACGUGGACGUGGACGUGGACGUAGAGGACGUGGAUGUGGAGGAGGUGGACGUGGACGUGGAGGACGUGGACGUGGACGUGGACGUAGACGUGCACGUGGACGUGGUCGUGGACAUGGAGGACUUGGACGUGGACGUGGACGUGGACUUGGACGUGGACGUGGACUUGGACGUGGACGUGGACGUGGACUUGGACGUGGACGUGGACGUGGACGUGGACGUGGACGUGGUCGUGGACGUGGAGGACUUGGACGUGGACAUGGACGUGGACGUGGACGUGGACUUGGACGUGGAUGUGGACGUGGUCGUGGACGUGGUCGUGGACGUGGACGUGGACGUGGACCUGGUCGUGGACGUGGACGUGGACGUGGACGUUGACGUGGACGUGGUCGUGGACGUGGACGUGGACGUGGUCGUGGACGUCGACGUGGACGUGGACGUGGUCGUGGACGUGGACGUCGACGUGGACGUGGUCGUGGACGUGGACGUGGACGUUGACGUGGUCGUGGACGUGGUCGUGGUCAUGGUCGUGGACGUGGUCGUGGACGUGGUCGUGGACGUCGACGUGGACGUGGACGUGGUCGUGGACGUGGACGUGGACGUGGACGUGGACGUGGACGUGGACGUUGACGUGGUCGUGGACGUGGUCGUGGUCAUGGUCGUGGACGUGGUCGUGGACGUGGACGUGGACGUGGACGUGGUCGUGGACGUGGACGUGGACGUCGUCGUGGACGUGGACGUGGUCGUGGACACGGACGUGGACGUGGACGUGGUCGUGGACGUGGACGUGGUCGUGGACGUGGACGUGGUCGUGGACGUGGACGUGGUCGUGGAGGACGUGGACGUGGACGUAAACGUGGACGUGGACGUGGUCGUGGACGUGGAGGACUUGAAGGUGGACGUGGACGUGGACGUGGUCGUGGACGUGGACGUGGUCGUGGACAUGGACGUGGACGUGGACUUGGACGUGGACGUGGACGUGGACGUGGACGUGGACGUGGAAGUCGUCGUGGACGUGGACGUAGACGUGGGCGUGUACGUGGACGUGGACGUGGACGUGGACGUGGACGUGGAUGUGGACUUGGACGUGGACGUGGACGUGGACCUGGACCUGGACGUGGUCGUGGACGUGGACGCGGACCUGGACGUGGACGUGGUCGUGGACGUGGACGUGGACGUGGAGGACGUGGUCGUGGACGUGGACGUGGUCGUGGACGUGGAGGACGUGGUCGUGGACGUGGACGUGGUCGUGGUCGUGGACGUGGUCGUGGACGUGGACGUGGACGUGGACGUGGUCGUGGACGUGGAGGACGUGGUCGUGGACGUGGACGUGGACGUGGUCGUGGUCGUGAACGUGGUCGUAGACGUGGACGUGGUCGUCCACGACGUGGACGUGGACGUGGACGUGGACAUGGACGUGGUCGUGGACGUGGAGGACUUGGACGUGGACGUGGAUGUGGACGUGGACCUGGACGUGGACGUGGACGUGGACGUGGUCGUGGACGUGGACGAGGUCGUGGAGGACGUGGACGUGGACGUGGACGUAGACGUGGACGUGGACGUAGACGUGGACGUGGUCGUGGACAUGGAGGACUUGGACGUGGACGUGGACGUGGACGUGGUCGUGGACGUGGACGUGGACGUGGAGGUCGUGGACGCGGACGUGGUCGUGGACGUGGAGGUGGACGUGGUCGUGGACGUGGACGUGGACGUGGACUUGGACGUGGACGUGGACGUGGGCGUGGACGUGGAGGACUUGGACGUGGACAUGGACGUGGAUGUGGACGUGGACGUGGACCUGGAGGUGGUCGUGGACAUGGACGUGGUCGUGGACGUGGACGUGGACCUGGACGUGGACGUGGACCUAGACGUGGACGUGGACGUGGACCUGGACUUGGACGUGGACGUGGAUGUGGACGUGGUCGACGUGGACGUGGACGUGGACGUGGACGUGGUCGUGGACGUGGACGUGGACGUGGUCGUGGACGUGGACGUGGACGUGGACGUGGACUUUGACGUGGACGUGGACGUGGACGUGGACGUGGUCGUGGACGUGGAGGACUUGGACGUGGACAUGGACGUGGACGUGGACGUGGACCUGGAGGUGGUCGUGGACGUGGACGUGGUCGUGGAUGUGGACGUGGACCUGGACGUGGACGUGGACGUGGACCUGGACGUGGACGUGGACGUGGACGUGGACUUGGACGUGGACGUGGAUGUGGACGUGGUCGACGUGGACGUGGACGUGGACGUGGUCGUGGACGUGGACGUGGACGUGGUCGUGGACGUGGACGUGGACGUGGACUUUGACGUGGACGUGGACGUGGACGUGGACGUGGACCUGGACGUGGACGUGGACCUGGACGUGGACGUGGACGUGGACCUGGAAUUGGACCUGGACGUGGAUGUGGACGUGGUCGACGUGGACGUGGACUUGGACAUCGUCGUGGACGUGGACGUGGUCGUGGACGUGGACGUGGACGUGGACGUGGUCGUGGACGUGGACUUGGUCGUGGACGUGGACGUGGUCGUGGACGUGGACGUGGACGUGGUCGUGGAGGACGUGGAUGUGGACGUAAACGUGGACGUGGACGUGGUCGUGGACGUGGACGUGGUUGUGGACGUGGAGGACUUAGAGGUGGCCGUGGACGUGGACGUGGACGUGGUCGUGGACGUGGUCGUGGACGUGGACGUGGACGUGGACUUGGACGUGGACGUGGACGUGGACGUGGACGUGGACGUGGACGUGGACGUGGACGUGGACUUGGACGUGGACGUGGACGUGGACGUGGACUUGGACGUGGAUGUGGACGUGGACGCGGACCUGGACGUGGACGUGGUCGUGAACGUGGUCGUGGUCGUGGACGUGGAGGACGUGGUCGAGGACGUGGACGUGGAUGUGGACGUGGAUCUGGACGUGGACGUGGUCGUGGACGUGGACGUGGAGGUGGACGUGGACCUGGACGUGGACGUGGUCGUGGACGUGGACGCGGACCUGGACGUGGACGUGGUCGUGGACGUGGUCGUGGACGUGGACGUGGACGUGGUUGUGGACAUAGACGUGGACGUGGACGUGGACGUAAAGGAUGUCGACGUGGAGGACGUGGACGUGGACGUGGAGGACGUGGACGUGGACAUGGAGGACUUGGACGUGGACGUGGACGUGGACGUAGACAUCGACGUGGACAUGGACGUGGACGUGGACGUGGACGUGGACGUGGACGUGGACGUGGACGUCGUCGUGGACGUGGACGUGGGCGUGUACGUGGACGUGGACGUGGACGUGGACGUCGUCGUGGACGUGGACGUGGGCGUGUACGUGGACGUGGACUUGGACGUGGACGUGGACGUGGACGUGGACUUGGACGUGGACGUGGACGUGGACCUGGACGUGGACGUGGUCGUGGACGUGGACGUGGACGUGGACGUGGACUUUGACGUGGACGUGGACGUGGACGUGGACGUGGACGUGGUCGUGGACGUGGACGUGGACGUGGACGUGGACGUAGACAUCGACGUGGACAUGGACGUGGACGUGGACGUGGACGUGGACGUCGUCGUGGACGUGGACGUGGGCGUGUACGUGGACGUGGACGUGGACGUGGACGUCGUCGUGGACGUGGACGUGGGCGUGUACGUGGACGUGGACUUGGACGUGGACGUGGACGUGGACGUGGACUUGGACGUGGACGUGGACGUGGACCUGGACGUGGACGUGGUCGUGGACGUGGACGCGGACCUGGACGUGGACGUGGUCGUGGACGUGGUCGUGGUCGUGGACGUGGAGGACGUGGUCGUGGACGUGGACGUGGAUGUGGACGUGGACCUGGACGUGGACGUGGUCGUGGACGUGGACGUGGAGGUGGACGUGGACCUGGAUGUGGACGUGGUCGUGGACGUGGACGCGGACCUGGACGUGGACGUGGUCGUGGACGUGGUCAUGGUCGUGGACGUGGAGGACGUGGACGUGGACGUGGACGUGGUCGUGGUCGUGAACGUGGUCGUAGACGUGGACGUGGUCGUCCACGACGUGGACGUGGACGUGGACGUGGACAUGGACGUGGUCGUGGACGUGGAGGACGUGGACGUGGACGUGGAUGUGGACGUAAACCUGGACGUGGACGUGGACGUAGACGUGGUCGUGGACGUGGACGAGGUCGUGGAGGACGUGGACGUGGACGUGGACGUAGACGUGGACGUGGACGUAGACGUGGACGUGGUCGUGGACAUGGAGGACUUGGACGUGGACGUGGACGUGGACGUGGUCGUGGACGUGGACGUGGACGUGGAGGACGUGGAUGCGGACGUGGUCGUGGACGUGGACGUGGACGUGGUCGUGGACGUGGACGUGGACGUGGACUUGGACGUGGACGUGGACGUGGGCGUGGACGUGGUCGUGGACGUGGAGGACUUGGACGUGGACAUGGACGUGGAUGUGGACGUGGACGUGGAUCUGGAGGUGGUCGUGGACGUGGACGUGGUCGUGGACGUGGACGUGUACCUGGACGUGGACGUGGACCUGGACGUGGACGUGGACGUGGACCUGGACUUGGACGUGGACGUGGAUGUGGACGUGGUCGUGGAAGUCGACGUGGACGUGGACGUGGACGUGGUCGUGGACGUGGUCGUGGACGUGGACGUGGUCGUGGACGUGGUCGUGGUCCUGGUCGUGGACGUGGUCGUGGACGUGGACGUGGACGUGGACGUGGACGUGGUCGUGGACGUGGACGUAGACGUGGACGUGGACGUCGUCGUGGACGUGGUCGUGGACGUGGACGUGGACGUGGUCAUGGACGUGGACGUGGUCGUGGACGUGGACGUGGACAUGGAGGACGUGGACGUGGACGUGGACGUGGACGUGGUCGUGGACGUGGACGUGGACGUGGUCGUAGACGUGGACGUGGACGUGGACGUGGACUUUGACGUGGACGUGGACGUGGACGUGGACGUGGACGUGGUCGUGGACGUGGAGGACUUGGACGUGGACAUGGACGUGGACGUGGACGUGGACCUGGAGGUGGUCGUGGACGUAGACGUGGUCGUGGACGUGGACGUGGACCUGGACGUGGACGUGGACGUGGACCUGGACGUGGACGUGGACGUGGACCUGGACUUGGACGUGGACGUGGAUGUGGACGUGGUCGACGUGGACGUGGACGUGGACGUGGUCGUGGACGUGGACGUGGACGUGGUCGUGGACGUGGACGUGGACGUGGACGUGGACUUUGACGUGGACGUGGACGUGGACGUGGACGUGGACCUGGACGUGGACGUGGACCUGGACGUGGACGUGGACGUGGACCUGGACUUGGACGUGGACGUGGAUGUGGACGUGGUCGACGUGGACGUGGACGUGGACGUGGUCGUGGACGUGGACGUGGACGUGGUCGUGGACGUGGACGUGGACGUGGACGUGGACUUUGACGUGGACGUAGACGUGGACGUGGACGUGGACGUGGUCGUGGACGUGGAGGACUUGGACGUGGACAUGGACGUGGACGUGGACGUGGACCUGGAGGUGGUCGUGGACGUGGACGUGGUCGUGGACGUGGACGUGGACCUGGACGUGGACGUGGACGUGGACCUGGACUUGGACGUGGACGUGGAUGUGGACGUGGUCGUGGAGUGGACGUGGACGUGGACAUCGACGUGGACGUGGUCGUGGAUGGACGUGGACGUGGACGUCGACGUGGACGUGGUCGUGGACGUCGAUGUGGACGUGGUCGUCGACGUGGACGUGGACGUGGACGUUGACGUGGUCGUGGAAGUGGUCGUGCACGUGGACGUGGACGUGGACGUGGACGUGGUCGUGGACGUGGACUUGGUCGUGGACGUGGACGUGGACGUGGUCGUGGACGUGGACGUGGUCGUGGAGGACGUGGAUGUGGACGUAAACGUGGACGUGGACGUGGUCGUGGACGUGGAGGACUUGGAGGUGGACGUGGGCGUGGACGUGGACGUGGUCGUGGACGUGGUCGUGGACGUGGACGUGGACGUGGACUUGGACGUGGACGUGGACGUGGACGUGGACGUGGACGUGGACGUGGACUUGGACGUGGACGUGGACGUGGACGUGGACGCGGACCUGGACGAGGACGUGGUCGUGGACAUGGUCGUGGUCGUGGACGUGGAGGACGUGGUCGAGGACGUGGACGUGGAUGAAGACGUGGACCUGGACGAGGACGUGGUCGUGGACGUGGAUGUGGAGGUGGACGUGGACCUGGACGUGGACGUGGUCGUGGACGUGGACGCGGACCUGGACGUGGACGUGGUCGUGGACGUGGUCGUGGACGUGGACGUGGACGUGGUUGUGGACAUAGACGUGGACGUGGACGUGGAGGAUGUCGACGUGGAGGACGUGGACGUGGACGUGGAGGACGUGGACGUGGACAUGGAGGACUUGGACGUGGACGUGGACGUGGACGUAGACAUCGACGUGGACGUGGUCGUGGACAUGGAGGACUUGGACGUGGACGUGGACGUGGACGUGGAGGAUGUGGACGUGGAGGACGUGGAGGACGUGGACGUGGACGUGGAGGACAUGGACGUGGACGUGGACGUGGACGUAGACGUAGACGUGGACGUGGUCGUGGACAUGGAGGACUUGGACGUGGACGUGGACGUGGACGUGGACGUGGACGUGGAAGACGUGGACGUGGACGUGGACGUGGACGUGGUCGUGGACGUGGACGUGGACGUGGUCGUGGACGUGGACGUGGACUUGGACGUGGACGUGGACGUGGACGUGGACGUGGAGGACGUGGACGUGGACAUGGACGUGGACGUGGACGUGGACGUGGACCUGGAGGUGGACGUGGACGUGGACCUGGAGGUGGUCGUAGACGUGGACCUGGACGUGGACGUCGACGUGGACCUGGACGUGGAGGUGGACGUGGACCUGGACGUGGACGUGGACGUGGAUGUGGACGUGGUCGACGUGGUCAUGGACGUGGACGUGGACGUGGACGUGGACGUGGACGUGGUCGUGGUCGUGGACGUGGUCGUAGACGUGGACGUGGUCGUCCACGACGUGGACGUGAACGUGGACGUGGACAUGGACGUGGUCGUGGACGUGGAGGACUUGGACGUGGACGUGGAUGUGGACGUGGACCUGGACGUGGACGUGGACGUGGACGUGGUCCUGGAGGACGUGGACGUGGACGUGGACGUGGACGUGGUCUUGGACGUGGACGUGGACGUGGACGUGGUCGUGGACGUGGACGUGGACAUGGUUGUGGACGUAGACGUGGACGUGGACGUGGACUUGGACGUGGACGUGGACGUGGACGUGGACGUGGUCGUGGACGUGGAGGACUUGGACGUGGACAUGGACCUGGACGUGGACGUGGACGUGGACCUGGAGGUGGUCGUGGACGUGGACGUGGUCGUGGACGUGGACCUGGACGUGGACGUGGACGUGGACCUUGACGUGGACGUGGACGUGGACAUGGACUUGGAUGUGGACGUGGACGUGGUCGUCGUGGACGUGGACGUGGACGUGGACGUGUUCGUGGACGUGGACGUCGUCGUGGACGUGGUCGUGGACGUGGACAUGGACGUGGUCGUGGACGUGGACGUGGUAGUGGACGUGGACGUGGAGGACGUGGACGUGGAGGACGUGGACGUGGACGUGGAGGACGUGGACGUAGACGUGGACGUGGACGUAGACGUCGACGUGGACGUGGUCGUGGACAUGGAGAACUUGGACGUGGACGUGGACGUGGACGUGGAGGACGUGGAUGUGGAGGAGGUGGACGUGGACGUGGAGGACGUGGACGUGGACGUGGACGUAGACGUGCACGUGGACGUGGUCGUGGACAUGGAGGACUUGGACGUGGACGUGGACGUGGACGUGGUCGUGGACGUGGACGUGGACGUGGAGGACGUGGACGUGGACGUGGACGUGGUCGUGGACAUGGACGUGGAUGUGGUCGUGGACGUGGACGUGGACGUGGACUUGGACGUGGACGUGGACGUGGACGUGGACGUGGUCGUGGACGUGGAGGACUUGGACGUGGACAUGGACGUGGACUUGGACGUGGACCUGGAGGUGGUCGUGGACGUGGACGUGGUCGUGGACGUGGACGUGGACCUGGACGUGGACGUGGACGUGGACCUGGACGUGGACGUGGACGUGGUCCUGGACUUGGACGUGGACGUGGAUGUGGACAUGGUCGACGUGGACGUGGACGUAAACGUGGACGUGGACGUGGUCGUGGACGUGGAGGACUUGGAGGUGGACGUGGACGUGGACGUGGACGUGGUCAUGGACGUGCACAUGGACGUGGAGGACUUGGACGUGGACGUGGAUGUGGACGUGGACCUGGACGUGGACGUGGACGUGGACGUGGUCGUGGACGUGGACGUGGUCAUGGACGUGGACGUGGACGUGGUCGUGGACGUGGACCUGGACGUGGACUUGGACGUGGACGUGGAUGUGGACGUGGACGUCAUCGUGGACGUGGACGUGGACGUGGGCGUGGACGUGGACGUGGACUUGGACGUGGACGUGGACGUGGGCGUGGACUUGGACGUGGACGUGGACAUGGACCUGGACGUGCACGUGGUCGUGGACGUGGACGCGGACCUAGACGUGGACGUGGUCGUGGACGUGGUCGUGGUCGUGGACGUGGACGUGGUCGUGGACGUGGACGUGGACGUGGACGUGGAGGUGGACGUGGACCUGGAUGUGGACGUGGUCGUGGACGUGGACACGGACCUGGACGUGGACGUGGUCGUGGACGUGGUCGUGGUCGUGGACGUGGAGGACGUGGUCGUGGACGUGGACGUGGACGUGGACGUGGUCGUGGUCGACGUGGACGUGGACGUGGACGUGGACGUGGACGUGGACGUUGACGUGGACGUGGACGUGGACGUAGACGUGGACGUGGUCGUGGACAUUGAGGACUUGGACGGGGACGUGGACGUGGACGUGGACGUGGUCGUGGACGUGGACCUAGACGUGGAGGACGUGGACGUGGACGUGGUCGUGGACGUGGACGUGGACAUGGACGUGGACGUGGUCGUGGACGUGGUCAUGGACGUGGACCUGGACGUGGACGUGGUGGAGGACGUGGAGGUGGACGUGGACGUGGACGUGGACGCGGACGUGGUCGUGGACGUGGACGCGGACGUGGUCGUGGACGUGGACGCGGACGUGGACCUGGACUUGGACGUGGACGUGGACGUGGUCGUGGACGUGGACGUGGUCAUGGACGUGGUCGUGGACGUGGACGUGGACGUGGUCGUGGACGUGGACGUGGAUUUUGACGUUGACGUGGACGUGGACGUGGUCGUGGACGUGGAGGACUUGGACUUGGACGUGGAGGACUUGGACGUGGACGUGGAGGACAUGGACGUGGACGUGGUCGUGGACAUGGUCAUGGACGUGGACCUGGACGUGGACAUGGACGUGGACGUGGACGUGGUGGAGGACGUGGACGUGGACGUGGAGGACUUCAACGUGGACGUGGACGUGGACGCGGACGUCCUAGUGGACGUGGACGCGGACGUGGCCCUGGACUUGGACGUGGACGUGGACGUGGUCGUGGACGUGGACGUGGACGUGAUCGUGGACGUGGUCGACUUGGACGUGGACGUGGACGUGGACGUGGUCCUGGACGUGGACGUGGACGUGGACUUGGACGUGGACGUGGACGUGGUCGUGGAGGGUUUAGGGUUUAGGGUUUACGUCCCUAAACCCUAA